CUUCCCGAUCGAAAACAUGAUACGUUUAAUCUGGGAGCGAUAAUGCAUACAAGGCGGGGAGACUGGGGAAAUGAGAGUGACAGGAGUCAGCAUGGCGUUUGUUGUUCAGGGUCAACAGCCUUUCCCUAGCAUCAUCGUCAAUACACGCUCGCGAUCUCGCCUUCUGUCUUAUGCCCUUAGAAAGUUCAUCACCAAGUUCAAGCUACUACCCAACCCGACCUACAUAUCGGCGGAGCGUUUCCCCAUUGAGGAACUGCUGGGAUGGAGGAUGUACGAUGGGGAUAGCGUGGUUAUCAAUGUGAGAUGGGCGGAUGGUAGCCCUGAUUCUUGGGAGCCUGAGGAGGUCAUGCACCUCGAUAGUGCGCAGAUGCUCUUGAACUUCUGGAGGCUGCAGGGUGGUCGCCAUAAGGCAACUGGCCUACGAGAACACCGUGUCCUCAGGGUCCUCAAGUCGAAGGAGUCCAGGACCGACAAGGACAGUCGGUUAUACCAAUGCCAAUGGAUUGGGCUGCCAGCAAGUGAUGAUUACACCACUUGGCUGUCCCUGGACGAAGUCACCGAUAUUGCACUGGGUCAAUGGUUGGUAUUUGUUACGGGUCUUGAUGAUAUCUUCGGUUGAGAUGCUGGAAACUGUAGAAUCAUGUAUUAUUUACUCGUCGAUGGAUUUCCCGAUCUCCUUGGUUUGCAUUAGGGCUGUUGGUUAUUUGAUGCGUGGUCGGUUUGAAACGGUUGAACGGUGGAGCUGUUACUUAAUGUUAU